UGAGGCUGCAUUCGCUGUGUCCCGCGCCAGCACAGCGCUGGCGCCCAGUGUUGCUGGGCCGUCCAGCGGGGGCUAUGCAGGGCCAGCCCCGGGGGGCUGGAAACCCACUCAGGCUGUGUGGCGUUGUUGGGCCCGGGGCUCUGGACCCGUUUAAAGCUGCUGCGGGAGACGUGCACUUUGCUCUUGUCGUGCAGAAAGCCGUUUCCCACGGCUGGCACAGGCCGGGCACGGUUAUUCACCGACGUUUCCGAUCUGUGAACAAUGGGGUUUUUACUACCCAGCAAACAGUACUUUUCCACUUGACUCGAUAACGCCCCGAGCGGCAAAAGGGACAGCCCCUCCCCCCGCCAGGUUGUUCACAGCCUUUGGCCUAGCGGCCCUGAGGGACCGUCGACCUGAAGUGACAGCACGCUUUUGACUGUCGCUGGCAGUGACUAUUGCUUUCUUCGAGAUGUUUAGCUGGGAGAGGGGGAAGGGCCCUUUUGCUGCAGUGCACACAGCCGCAGUGGGGUGCCGGCAUGUCUGGAACCCCUCUCAUGCGCCGGGCCAUUUCACGUGGGUCCCCCAGGCUGAGAGCAGUGCCUGGCACCCAGGAGGCGUCCAAUCGAUGUUUCUUGAAGGGUGAACCCGGUGAGGUGGCCGCGUCAGUUUCCUAAUCUCACGGGAGGGAGGUCCACCCCCUGCCCGCAGGUGCAAGGCCUGUGCGCAUGAUCUUCCCAACACGGUGGGGGGGGGGCGCCCUUGGCUUCGCUCAGGCACUUGCAGUGUGGGCUGGCCCAGGGGGAGAUGGCCCACCUGGCAUCAGCGGGGGUCACCUAGCCUCAGGCUGAAGGACAUGCAGGAGCAGCAGAGCGGAGGGGGCACCCAGAGCCAGGUCCCUCCUGACACUCCCCAUAUGUGGCCGCACCCCGGGUGGGCCGGGGAGAACCAGGACCUCGCAGGCCCGGUGGGACCGUCCGCUGGAGGCUAGUGAGCAGCGAGCCCUGGGCUCAGGGUCCGUUUUCAUGGUUUUGUUUUACAGCACCCUUUGCCGCUUCGGGCAGAGACGUGCACACGGGCGCCGACACGGCCGACACGGGCGACACGGGCGACGGGCCCAGAGGAGGAGGCUCCUGUGUGACCCCGGCGGAGGCAGGUGCCGGCGGGAGGACGCGGCUGAUGGAGGCGCUCGCUCACCUGCCCGUGAGGUUUCGCUCGCGCCCAAGCCGCCGCACUGUGCCCGCACCGCGUGCUGGUUGCUGUACGGGAACCAAGCUGCAUGGAAGGUGCUUACACCGCAGGGCGCGGUGUGGGGGAUGGGGGCACUGCGAGGUGGGGGGCGCAGCAAGGAGGGGGCUCACCUACUGAAGGUCUUUGUGGACUUCUGGACCCCGUUGCUGGCGUGUGUCUAUUGUCCCCGUGAACGGACAAAUAUCCCCCCGUGUAAGAGUGCUGGCUGCUGUAGCCGGCCGGCUGGUGGCCCCCACAGGAGGUGUGCCCACCUGGUCUUUGCAGAGGUCACUAAAGGAAGAAACCCCAGAGGUGGGCCUACACCCUGUGACAAGUGCCCUUACCAGAGACAGAGAGGGAGAGGUGUCCGUGUGACAACGCAGUAGGGAAGGAGGGGCCUCGGGAGAGGACCCCUUAGAGCCCAGGGAAGGGGGCUGCACGGGUGCCCAGGAUCUGCACCUGGGGCCCAGCACGGCCUGUAGGUCUCACCCACCUGAAGGAGGAGGCGUGGGGGACCGAGGCCCCCGCCCCAGAACUCCAUCUCCCUGCCUCCAGCACUCUGGCCACGGGCCACAGUGCAGCGCACCCUUCCCUGGCCCCCUGCCUGCUCACACUCCCAGGCUUUGCACAGGCCACUCCCUCGGUGAGAACCCUGCCGUCUCCCCAGCUCCAGCUCUGAGACUGUGUCCUCUGGCGGGACCCUUGCCUUUCUGACUCCUGCCGUCCCCACCACACCCCAGGUGUUUUCGGUGGCAAAGCAACUGCCACGUCAGCCUUUCCCACUGGGCUGUGGGGCCCCCUGACGAUCCCUGUAGCCCUGCCAGGGGCUGAGUGUGUGGCUGAGCCAGGCUCACACACACACGGGCCCUCAGCAAAUACGAGCAAACUAAUUCCCUAACUUUCCUGGGCGAGCAGGACCCGCAGCCUGCACACCCAGCAUCGGCCUUGCUCCCGAGCUCUCAGCAUGAAUGACUUGAGACCCAGCGGACAGAGAGCUGACCCCGCCCCUGCAGCCCCACCGGUGUGCAACGGGACAGGCUGCCUGCUGCGUAGUGAGCACUCCAUCGCAGGAGGUGUGCAGAGCUGGGCUGGGAGCGGGGAGGGCUCUUUGGGAUGCCUUGGCUCUGGGGUUUGUGUAGGGGCACAGACGGUACCCCAGGGGACGGGCCCCAUGGUGAGCGGCCCGGUGGGUGGGGACGGGGUUCCGGCUGCCUCGUGUCGGGGCAGGUGGUGUGAAGUAGGCCCAGCCACUUCUGGUGCCAAUAGCUCCCAGCCCUCGAAGCUCGUUCCCAAAGCGCUGCCUCUUCCCCCGCCUCCCCCACCCCUCUCACAGUGGGGCCACUGGGGUUUAGGAGACUGGAGUCCGGCAUAGACGGACGAGGCACGUAAACCCGGCCACCUGUCACCCAGUGGCCCUGCCCCAGUGAGGGCCCGUCUGGGCGGCCAGGCCCCACCCUGCCCCACCCCCGUCCUGCCCCAGGUAGUGGCACUUACAGAGCUGCCCCUGGGCCCCUGGGCGAGUGCAGGUCAGGGCCCUGCUGGCGACCCCUGGGAUUUGAGGUGUCUGCUGUGCAGCCCCAGGGGUCUCCACAGCGGGAACCUCACUGCCCAGUCACAGAGCAGCUGGGUGCAUGGGGAUGGCAGUGCGUUUGGGAGGGACCUGUGGGCCUCGUGCUCAGGGAGGCUCAGAGCAUGGGGAGGGCAAGUUCCUCCCUUUGGAGCUGGGCUGGGUCCCGAAGCCGGGGAGUCCUGGGGAGACCGAGGCAGAGGGCUGAGCCCGCCAGCAGGGUGUGUCCCCUUCAGCAGUGCGAGGGGCACACACCCCCCCCCACAGCACCUGGCCCAGCUCCCUGUAUAGACUCGACCCUGCAUUCCACACACGCCCGUCACUUUAAGCUGUCUGGCUGUCCCCUGCAAACUGCCCGUUCCACAUUCUUGGGGUGGUGGGGUGGGUGGGGUGCCGACACGCCCUCCCGGAGACCUAUAAAGCUCGGGGCGGGAUGGUGGGCCCGGGGAGGACCGUCGGCAUGGCCUUGCUCGUGCUGGUACUGGUGCUGGGGCUCGUGGGGCUCGCGGGGCUCUGGGCGCUGCUCCACACCGGCCCCCGCGCUCUCUGCCAAGCCUCGUGCUGGCCGCCCGGGCCACGCCCACUGCCCCUCAUCGGGAACCUGCUCUUGCUGCAGCUGCACAAGGAGAACUCCCUGAUGGAGCUCUCAGAACGGUAUGGGCAGGUGUUCACCAUCCACUGGGGCCGCCAGAAGAUGGUGGUGCUGUGCGGCUACGAGGCCGUGAGGGAGGCUCUGGUGGGCACCAGGCCGAAGCUGGCUAUCCGGCCCUUCAACGCCAUCUUCCAGUUAAUCCAGAAAGGCAGGGGCAUAUUCUCCAUCUCCGGGCCGCCCUGGAAGGCUUCCCACCAGUUCACCGUGCGCGCCCUCCACGACCUGGGCGUGGGGCGGAGGCCUGCGGCCGACAAGGUCCUGCAAGAGUUGAUCUACCUCUUGGGGCAGCUGGACCACUACGGAGGUGAGUGGAGGUCCGGGGCGCUCCUCCUUGGGCCCCGCCCUCUGAGACUGUCCCCCGCAGGCCGGCCCUUCCCCCUGGCUCCGCUUGGCUGGGACGGCAGAGGUGAGUGGGGGUCGGGGACACUCCUCCCUGGGCCCCGCCCUCUGAGACUGUCUCCCCCAGGCCGGCCCUUCCCGGUGGCUCUGCUCGGCUGCGCUGCCUCCAACAUCACCCUCACGGUGCUCUUCGGCCAGCGGUUUGACUACAAUGACCCCGUGUUCGUGGCCCUGCUGGAACUCAUCGGUGAGGUCACGCUCCACCUGGCGACCGUUAGAGUGCAGCUGUAUAACAUCAUGCCCCGGCUGGGGGCCCUCCUGCAGCUGCAGCGGCCCAUCAUGCGGAAGGUCGCCGAGCUGCGAGCCAUCCUGAGGACACUCUUGGAGGCGCGGCGGGCGCCCGCGGCCGAGGAAGGCCCCGCGCACAGCUACGUGGAAGCCCUGAUCCGGCAGGUCCAUGUGUGGGCCGGACACACCCCGUCCGCAGCACCCCAGAGGCCGCAGCGGCCGGGGCCCCACUCCAGGCGGGCUCCAGCUGGUCCUGCCCCACGGUCGCCCGCCUCCAGGCUGGGGGGCCUCUCAGAGCCUCAGUCUCUUCACCUGUGGAAUGGGGUUUCCGUGCCUGCCUCGGGAGGUGGCCCGGCGGACGCCGUGAGCCCUGGGCACAGUGGGGCUCAGCAGGUCCCAGCUCUGUCCUUCCCGCCAAGUCUGUCUUCCACCCUUUCUGAGUCAGGGCUGGUGGGGCUGCGGACCCCAGCUGCCAGCUAAGUCUUGCCCUGCCCGCCUCUGCAAGAAGCAGACCCGGAUGGCCAGUUUGAUGAGGACGAUGUGAUGGCCUGUGUCCUGGACAUGGUCCUUGCUGGCACAGAGACCACCAUGAUCACGAUUCAGUGGGCCAUCCUCCUGAUGGUCAAGCACCAGAGUGUGCAGGGCAGGGUGCAGGAGGAGCUGGACCUGCUGGGUCACAGCAGGCCGCCCCAGAUGGAGGACCUGCCAUCACUGCCCUACACCAACGCCGUGCUGCACGAGGUGCAGCGGUUCAUCUCCGUGCUGCCCCGCACGUCCCGCAGCCUCACCACCGACACCCGGCUGAGUGGCUACCUGUUCCCCAAGGGCACGGACGUGAUCCUCCUGUUGAACUCCGAGCUGCGGGACAAGACGCAGUGGGAGACCCCCCACCAGUUCAACCCCGGCCACUUCCUGGACGCCGAGGGCCGCUUCGUCAAGCGGGAGGCCUUUAUGGCGUUCUCCGCAGGCCGCCGUGUGUGUGUGGGCGAGCACCUGGCCAGGACCCAGGUGUUCCUGCUGUUCGCCGGCCUGCUCCAGAGGUUCCACCUGCUGCCCCCACCCGGCCUGAGCCCCGCCAGCCUGGACAUACAGAUCAUACCAGCCAUCUUCAAGCGGCCAUUUGUCCAGGGCCUGUGUGCUGUGCCCAGGCCCUAGGGCCACUGACCGAGGGGGCUCUGGCCUGCGCUGCAGACAAACCCCCAGGGCCUGGGGAGGAUCGGGGUCGUCCCCGCUUCCUGGCUCGAAGCCUGGGGGUGCUGCGAUGGCAGGGGCAGAGCAGCCCUGAGGACAGACGGCCCCAGGCCAGGGCCCUGGCCAGGCUUUCCUUUGCUGGCAGCCUCAGUUCCAGAGACGGCGGCCACCGUGGGCCCUGAGGGGCGUGCGGUCCUCCAGGGCCUGCCCCCGGGUAGCCGUCCUCGCCCUCCUUCUCCCCAGGGCAGAGCCGGGUCCCUGCCU